UUUCCUUUUUUCUGAAAUCUAACUUGUUAUUUAUCACCUUCUUGAUAUUGAUAGGAUCAGCAGAUACUCCAGAGCCGAGACAAGUAGAAUCUCUUCGGGAGAUGAGAUGGGUUUCCAAGGUUAUUAUACUAAGAAUAGGUUUUGCUAUUGUAUUCCUAAGCGUGAUCCCAUUAUGUUUGAUAAUUCUAUUUGUCUAUAAACGGGGAUGCAGUCUUUCAGACGACCAAAACCCAUCAAAAAAUAUUUAUUGUGGCUCUAACUCAAAUCCAAUGCCAGAGGGUGCAAGUGUCUUCUUUGGGAUCCCUAUCUUCUCCUAUACAGAGCUAGAGCAAGCAACAAAUAAUUUUGACGAAGCUAAAGAACUUGGAAGUGGGGGCUUUGGGACUGUUUACUAUGGAAAGCUCCGGGAUGGACGGGAAGUUGCUGUCAAGCGCCUAUAUGAGCAAAACUAUAGACGUGUGGAACAGUUCAUGAAUGAAAUAGAGAUCCUCACUCGUUUGCACCACAGAAAUCUUGUAUCCCUUUAUGGCUGCAGUUCUCGGCACAGCCAUGAACUACUACUUGUGUAUGAAUAUAUUCCAAAUGGCACUGUUGCUUGUCAUCUCCAUGGGGAUUUGGUAAAGGCUGGCUUCUUGCCAUGGCCUACACCAAUGAAAAUUGCCAUCGAGACUGCAAGCGUGUUGACUUAUCUGCAUGCUUCUAACAUCAUUCACCGGGAUGUGAAAACCAACAACAUUCUCCUUGACAAUAACUUUUGUGUUAAAGUUGCAGACUUUGGGCUUUCAAGACUGUUCCCCAACAAUGUUUCCCAUGUGUCCACGGCUCCACAAGGAACCCUUGGAUACCUGGACCCAGAAUAUCACCGAUGCUACCAGCUAACAAGCAAGAGCGAUGUAUAUAGCUUUGGGGUCGUGCUUAUUGAGUUAAUAUCAUCUCUGCAAGCAGUUGACAUAACCAGGGAUACGGAUGAGAUUAACUUGUCAAAUCUAGCCAUAAAGAAGAUUCAAAAGCGUGCAUUUAGUGAACUGGUAGAUCCUUCCCUUGGCUUUGAGUUAGAUAAAGAGUUUAAAAGGAAAAUACUCUCAGUGGCAGAAUUGGCAUUUCGGUGUUUGCAAGAGGACAAGGAUUUGAGACCUUUAAUGGUAGAAGUUUUGGAGGAGCUGGAAAGAAUUGAAGGUGGGGAUGAUAAGCCUAAGCAUAUAGAGGAAGCAGAUGUUCAAGGUGCUAUGAACUCCCUGUAACAUACAUUCAGCACCACCAACCUCAUAGUUUAUUGAAGAAUUUGAAGCCAGCAAUAACCUGUCUGGCUGAUAAGUGGAUUAUUAGUCUGCACUGCCAAAUGUCAA